GAUUCCUCGCACCUGCUUUGGUCAAAGCACAUGUUGGUUAAAAAAAAGUCUCGACAGAGAUUGAUUCGCUGUCAUUAGCUUUAACUUUGCUUGAUACAUUGACAACAAGCAUAGCAAUUGUUGUUUAGAAAUAUGACCAUGGACGACUUUCAAUUCAUGGAUAGCUUCAAGAGAAAGCGCAUCAAAUUGACCCUCAAGACUGCGACUUUCCUUGGAAUUGUUCAGCGGAUAAACGCCAAUAAAACUGUGAUUUUAGAGGACGUUGUGGAUGUCAAGAAUGGAAGGAAAUUCCCUGGAGUGAAACUAUUCUUUGGACAUGAAAUUCUCAAUGUGGAAUUCCCAAAUGUAACAAAGUCUGACCGAGAUAACACCAGUGACCACAGACCUGAAGGUCACCUGACAGUGGCAGAGUUCCAGCCUUACAGGAAGGGUCUCAUACUGAAUGAUGAUGAUGAGAGCCAUGUCAACUUUGUGGUCAUUGAUGAGUUCCAUGAGAAGUUUGGUCCUGCUAUGAUGCACAUCCGGAAGCAGCAGGUGAUUGGGAUAGGAGCUGACGGGAUCGGGACGUUCCAGCACGAGAGACUCUGUUGGCUGCAGAUUGCCACUAAGAACAAGGUGUACCUCUUUGACAUCCUGUUGCUUGGAGCCCGGGCCUUCAAGAACGGCCUGUCCAUGAUCCUAGAAAAUAACCACAUAUUAAAGGUCACUCAUGACUGUCGGAGCCUCGCCGGAUGUUUGAUGGCUCAGUUUGGAGUAAAUCUCACCAACGUCUUUGACACUCAGGUGGCAGAUAUCCUGUGCUUCUACACAGAGACUGGUGGCUUCCUGCCAGACAGGGUCAGUACCCUACCGACAGUGGUGAGCCUACAUUUGAAGAUGUCCUCGUCACAACUCUCCUAUCUCAACAUCAAGUCUCAGCUCACCAAGGAGGACAAAGAGGUGUGGUACGUGCGCCCCUGCCCUUUGUCCCUGCUGAAGGUCAUGGCCCUGUCGGUGAUCCACCUGCAGCCUCUGAGACUGGUGCUGCUGGAUGCCCUCAUGGCUGACUACACAGGCCUGGUGGACUCCUACCUCAGCGGCAGCCGAGAGGAACCUGUCCACAUGCAGAACAUCGGCUCGAGCAGUGUUCUGGAGCUGCCCAGGGAGCUGCGGGAGUUGGAGCACACGCGUCAGAAGCGCCAGAAGUGGGCCGUCGACCGCUACCCUGUCACUGAGCAGGGCCUGCUGGAGCGCUCCAACCCCAGACCCCUACCCCCAUCACAGAAUGGGCAGGGCCAGGACACAGCCACCCAAAGACAACCAGCCCCUCCUGUCCCCACAGCAGUGGCGCCUGUAGUCCCAGCACCAGGGCAGGGCCCAGCAGAGACACCCUGUCCCAGCAAUACCCUGGGGGCCUCUGACCUCCAUGCUAUGACCAGUGCCCUGACACAAGAGGCCCAGCAAAGCUACAGGAAACAGCCGUCUGGAGUCGUCAGCCCAGUGGCUAAAUCAGGAGCACCAGGACUCUUGGAGAUAGUGAUGGACACAAUGGCAGGCAGAGGGAGGUCCCUGUUGAAAGACCCAACACCACCCAUUCUCCCUGUGUUCACCUCCCUGGGAAGAGGCCUGGCUCUCCCGAUACCAGCAGCCCAGGUCCCCAAGGAGAGCCCCGGAGCCCUGAAGACCCAGGCCCCAGUGGGGAGGGUGGAGGUGCCUGUCCCCCCAGGCCCAAGACCCAGCCCAGUACAGCCAUCUGAAAACAUUCCUGGUGCAGGGAGAGGCCUCAUUCAGAAACCCCAAGGUCUCACCUCUCCUCUCAGUCUCUCCUUCAGUUCAUUUAGAAAGAGCCACCUAUGAUUGGGAUUGGUUGGUUCAAAAUUACUUGUAUAUUUUUAUUCUACGAAGACCACUAGGUGGUGAUAAAUUGUCAAUUCUGUUUGCAAUAUAAAUUGCACCAAUGUUGGGUGUUUUAGUUAACUGCUUUUCUAUUUCAAAUGUACAAUAUCAAAUCAUAAUUGGAUGAGUGAUAUUUAGAGUUGUGUCCAUGGUAUCUGGUUAACCUGUACAUUUGUUUAUUUAAGCUUCUAUUUUUAAAUUGACUUUAAUUGCUGUUCAUCACUUGUUCCUUUACAAAGUUGAAUUAACACCAGUUCAAUACUCUGA